UGGUGAUUUUGUUGAUCAAUCUACACCUGAUAAAGUUUUCCUCUUCUUUAUCUUUCUUUCUCUCUCUCUCUCUCUCUCUAAUAACCUGCCCAUCCACUCCUGAUCCACCCAAAGUCUUCUCUCCUCCCGACCUCUCAUCAUGACUGAUCCCUACUCCAGUUACUUCCCUGCAGGAUGGUUCAACCUCAAUUCUCUCCACCACUUCACUUCCUCCAAAUCUUCCAAUCCAUCAAUUUAUGAUCAAUCUUAUGAUCACUACUGCUCAAACAACAAUAUCAGCACAACCUCUUUCACUUACUUUGAAUCCUCUCCUCCCUCUCCUCCUCUAAAAGAAGCUCUUCCACUUCUCAGUUUAAGCCCCAGAAUAUAUGAAGAAAAAGAUCAAUCUUCCUGUAGCGCCAAGGAAGUGGACAAGAACAAGCUGGACAGAUCAGAAGAAACCUUAUUCUCUAGCACAUCUGCUGAUGAUGAUGACACUGUGACAUUGUCUCUUAAUUUAGGGCUGCCAAGCCCUAGUACUUCUUCUGAUUUGAUUUCAAGGCUGUCCUCCACAGAGAUCUCGGAUAAAGAUGAUGUAGUCACAGUUGCUUCUGGGUAUCCUUCAAACAGGCUCAACAAGGGACAGUACUGGAUCCCCACCCCUGCUCAGAUUCUGAUUGGUCCAACACAGUUCUCAUGCCCCCUUUGCUUCAAGACCUUCAACAGAUACAACAACAUGCAGAUGCAUAUGUGGGGGCAUGGAUCUCAAUACAGAAAGGGCCCCGAGUCUCUAAGGGGCACACAACCAACGGCCAUGCUCAGGCUUCCUUGCUAUUGUUGUGCACCAGGGUGCAGAAACAACAUUGAUCACCCAAGAUCAAAACCACUCAAAGACUUCAGGACCCUCCAAACUCAUUACAAGAGAAAGCAUGGGAUCAAGCCUUUCAUGUGUAGAAAAUGUGGCAAAGCCUUUGCUGUGAGAGGUGAUUGGCGAACACAUGAGAAGAAUUGUGGGAAGCUUUGGUAUUGCACUUGUGGAUCUGAUUUCAAACACAAAAGGUCCCUCAAAGAUCAUAUCAAGGCAUUUGGACAUGGCCAUGCUGCUUAUGGAAUUGACCAUUUCGAAGAGCUGGAAGAUGAAGUAGCUUCUGAAAUUGAGCAAGAUAAUGAAUCCUCCCAGUGAGACAGAUGGGAUCGAAGGCUGGAUCUCAAGCUAAUUAAUAGAUUUCCAAAAGAUUUAACCGAGCUGUUGCUUAACACCACCUAAUUGGCUUACAUGUAGAUCAGCCGUCUUGAUCUUCCUUUAUUCCAUCAUCUCUUAUCAUAGUCCUUUUCUAUUUAACUUAUUUUCAUUCCUAGAAUUUGCUUGGCAUUGUAGACUCCUUAUAUAUAGACAAAAUGUUAGGCCGAGUUCCUGUAAC